GCCGUGUGCCUCAACAGCGCCAAGUCUCUCAGACUUGUGAAGUAGCAGCGACUGACUGGGACUUCUUCAGUGGACGAAAGAGAGACGCUCCCGCAGGACUGAAGUUUGCUGCGAGCGCGCAAAAAGGUCCCCCGUAUUUUGGGACUGACUUGUCACGUGGAGCUUUUCUGAAUGGAUCCAGCGCCGCAGAAGUGAAGGACACUCCGGAGAGAGCUUUUCUGGAAACGCGCGCCGACUGCAAGUGGGAAUAUUAAACAGCUGCAGUUGGGAACAUCUGCUCAUAUCAAUGGACUGCCAGUGAGGCACAAGCUGAGAGCGCACUUUCAAGCGAACUCUGGAAGAGCCUCAGAGAGGUGCGCAUAUCCACGGCUGGAAAUACCUCACAGAGACAUUGUGUACAUGGAUUGUGCGUCCUGGGAUCUUGUCACACCAGCGCGCGUCAAGCGACGUUACAGCCAAGUUUUAAAAACCCGUGCGUAAAAAUAACGCCGGCUCAGACAGAGUGACUUUAUAAACGGGGCGAACUUCCCCUUUUCUGCUUCCCUGGAACUAUUCUGAACGCACUUCAUUCCAUGCAGCUCUCUGCUCGGCUGCUGUCAUCCAGUGCAGACACUUCGUCGAGGGUUUCAGUCGCUGGUGGUUGCCAUGACAACCGAUAGAAACCCAAAGUGAAUCCAAUGCAGCGGGGAGAGGCCGGACUGAGAGCGUGAAGGGAAUUUUACUUUUUUUUUUUUUUUUUUUUUUUUUUUUUAAUUGAACACUCCGCACCAGAGGGAGACCCACAAAGUUACAAGCAAAUAUUUACUGCGCUCCACGUCCAUCACAGCAGACGUGGUCUAUUAAAAGUGUGGCCGCGUGCUGGUGCUGCUGGUUGGACUUCUACUAUUUAUGAAGCCCCCAGCGUGUCAUUGCAACAGUGACAGAGCAAAGAACUGAUUGCUUUUGAAGAGAAGGUGCGUGAAAGACAAGGAAUGAUGGGCCUCUCUCAAACGCUGCUCAUUUACGCGUUGGUGUGCGUUCACCUCGGAGUUUCCCAGCAUUACCUGCGUGUCCGUCCAUCCCCCAGUGACCACCUCCCCGUGCCACACCUGAGGGAGGACCCUGACCCGGAGUACGACCCCAGAGAGCAGGACCUGGUGGAGAGGACUCUGAGGAAAAAACUCGGGAGUCACUUUGACCCCAACUUCAUGUCCAUCACCUCCCCCAUGCUGGUUAACGUCUCCAGCUCGGACAACCAGGUGAAGCUGCAGGGGCCAAUGCCCAAUGAGAUUAGAAAGCUGGACCUUACAGAGACCCCCUACGGGAAGCGGGUUAAAGUGGGCAAGAAAGCCCGCAGGAAAUUUCUGCAGUGGCUGUGGACCUACACGCACUGUCCAGUGGUCUACACGUGGAAGGACUUGGGUGUGAGGUUCUGGCCGCGGUACAUCAAGGAGGGGAACUGUUUCUCUGAGCGUUCCUGCUCGUUUCCAGAAGGGAUGUCUUGCAAACCAGCCAAGUCAAUCAACAAGAUGUUCCUGCGGUGGUAUUGCCAAGGUUUUUUAAGACAGAAAUACUGUACGUGGAUACAGGUGCAAUACCCGAUCAUCUCAGAGUGCAAGUGUUCGUGCUGACUCUCCCACUGGAAGUAGUGGAGCUGGACUGGAAAUACAGUUUCUAUUGCACUGUUAACUCUCGACAGAGGUGGGCACCAUAGCAAAUCUAUUUUUUUAUAUAGCAUUUUAAGUGAAAUACCAACAUUGUACAUAUUUAAAAAAGAAUGCAGCUAUUUUUUCUAAUUGAAGCAGGACCAUAUUAUAUCUCAACCCUGGACUGUUUUGGGCGGGGGAAUCACACGAGCACUUCGAAAGGAAGAGCUUUUUUUUUUUUUUUUUCCUUUUUUAAAAAUAUUUUUAUUUACCAUGAAAAGCUACUCCUCUCCAAGAGGUGAACGUUGUGUCUUUUUUUCUUUUUCAACUGAACAUUGACUGUUAUUUCACUGCAAUGCUGCCUAGAGUUUUUCUUUUUGUAUAAUAUUAAUAUCAAUAAUAAUAAAUUGUAAAAAGAAAAGUUGAGGUUAAAGAUAUAUAUAAAGGCGUGAACUCAGCUUUUUUUUUCUUUUGAAUACAUAGUAUUGUAGAAAUACACAAAUCUGUAUGUUUUUAUUUAUUAUUUUAACGAUUGUGAGUAUAGAGGAAAGAGAAUAGCAGAGUAUACCAGAAAAAAAAUAUGGGAGAUGUCUACUUGAAUAUUUCAAAAAAUACGAAAAAAAAAGUCAAUAAAUGAAUAUGAAGAAAAAAAAAGCAUUGGUGUACCUGUUAUGGUUGUGGCAAUAAAGUUUCAUCAUGUGUUAGUGUCAAUCCAUGUGGUUUUGAGUCUGUAUAUAUUGAGGUGGU